AUGGACGCCUUCUACACGAUUCUCUCUGUCUUGAACCUUACGGGGACGUCCCAGGAGGAGGACUGGGACUUGGAAUUCCCUGCCGACUACGAGGGCAACUCGACGACUGGGAACAAUGGGUCCAGCGGGACGGGCAUGUACUGCGUUGUCGCAUGA